AUGUGCACCAAUGAGGUUUGCUACCGACAUCAAUUGAAAAUGCGCAAUGAAGAGCGAGAACACAUGAAGAGAAUAGAAGUCCUCGAAUAUGAGCAGCGAGAACUCAUUACUCAACUGGAGGCUGGAAGAUCUAAGAUUCGACAACGCGAGGAACAACUUGACCAAGCGAAUGCGUCUAUCGGGAGUUACAAGAAUGCAAUCGCUCUCAGUCAGGAAGAAAUGGCUAAGGAGAGGAUGGAGUUUAAGAAAUCCUAUGAUAAAGAGGCACAAAGGAAUCAGGAGCUCAAAGAGCAACAUGUCAAAGAGAUCAAGGAGCUGGAGAGCAAACUGGAGGUUGCAAGUCAAGAAGUAAGAGAGCUCCACGGGCAACAUGCCAUUGAGAUGACUAAGAAAGACUUGGUGAUCCAUGAGCUGGAGAGCGAGCUGCUGGCUAGUCAGGAGGAGAGCGCCAGGAAGAUUCAGGAGCUCCAGGAGCAACAUGUCAAGGACAUCGGUGGCAAGGAUCUUAAAGUAUGUACAUUGGAACUCGAGUUAUCAGCUGUUCAGAAGAAAAGUUGUGAGAAGAUUCAGGAGCUCCAGGAGCAACUUGAAAAAAAGCUCAGCGGGAAGGAUCUAGAAAUCCAACAACUGGAGAUCAAGUUAGCAGCUGCCAGGAAAGAGAAGAUUCGGGAGGAACUUACUCCCCUGGAAAUCCAAAAGUUCGUUGCCCAGGAGCAGGCGUCUGUAAAAGAUACGUAUCAGAUGAUGCCAAGCCACAUUACGAUACCUCAAGGGAACUUGCAAGAGAAGAACUCCGAAGAGCCCACUCAACUCGACGUUGAGCUCGGCAAGCUUUAUAUGGAGCUCCAAGAAGCCAAGAAGCCACAGGAGGCUCUCAUGGCUCAGUUGGCUGCUAAAAACAAGGAAAUCGAGUAUCUCACAAAACAACAUGAGGUGAAGCUGGCUGCUAAGGACCAAGAGAUCACCGAUGUCCGUGAGCAACAUAUAGCGAAGCUAGCCGCUAAGGAUUCAGAGAUCCAAAGAUUGACGGAGAUGAUUCAGGAUGGGGAUGAGAAGAAUGAGAACCUGCAGGAGAUCAUCUACAAACUUCAAAAGAUGAUGGAUGCGAAGGAUCGGGAGAUUAGAGCAACGAAGGAAAGAGUUGUCGAAUUGGAGGCGGAGCUUGAAAACGGUCGUGACGGACAAUCGGAAUAA